AUGAAAGCAAUUUGUGGGGAGGAUGCCCCUUCAUAUUGCGUUGUUAAACAUUGGCCCCGCCAGUUCAGGUGUGGUCGGAGAUCUGUGGAAACGGCCCCUAUCCCAGGGAGACCCCAGUCUGCUAUUGACGAGGACAUCAUCUAUCAAGUGGUGACCGCCUUUUUGGCCCAAGAAGUCAAGAUUAGUGUUGGGCUGCUCACUCCUUUAAAGAAGCAGAACGAGUUCAUUGUUCCAAGACUUUUAGUCAUGAGCCAAGAAAACCAGGAGGACUUUUUUGACAGACUAAGUGUGCAGGAUGAAACUUGA